UAUGAAAUCGUUAUGAAACGCUAAACGCCACUCUCCAUCCAGACGCGAGGAUGUUAUCUCCGUCGCCGCAGCACCACCGCGGUUUCCACUUCUCCCUCCAUUUGUCUAUCCCACCUCCCGUCUGCCGUAGCUCUACUUCGUUUACUGUCCUGAAUUCCAGGAUUUCUCAUUACUUAACUAUCUCUUCAUGUUAUCGCGACAAUCGCCGGAACAAUCCAGGCUCUGAAAUCCACGUCGCCGUACCUGAAGAAGGAGACGAGACGCUCUUCCGCCGGCAUAACGCUAAAUCAACUGCUCUCUUACUCCGACAAAUCUCCAGUGCAGAAGAAACAACAAUCGCCGAUAAAGAAUUUCAUCCUCAAGAAUAUGAUGAGAUGCCAGAAGAAGAUAAAACGAGAAUUUUGGAAAUGUCUAUGGUGCAAAAGCGAACACCUCAAUUUCCAGGAUCUAUUUACAUUCAAUCAUCUAGAGAUGGUGACAUGAACAGUACUUUACCUCCAAUAAAGUCGUUGUUGCGUGAUGGUGACAGUGAUGAGAUGCUAUUGAAGGCUCUUGAAAUUCGAAGGAAUGUUACUGUUGAGAUUUUGAAGGAAGCAAUGAUCAAAAAUGGAAAAUUUGGAAUCACGUACUCCACUAAUUUGAUUGCAUUGUCUCCGGAGUUUAUAGAUUGCGUAAUGAUUAAAGCUGCGUCUAUGAAGCGAUUACCAGAGUUUGAACACUCGAUGUUUAAUGAGCGUGCUAGAAAGGUGAUAUACGAGUCUGAUGUUGUCUCAGUUAUCAGGUGGUUGAAGCACAAUGGAUUGUCAUUUCCUCAAAUUGCAAAGCUCAUGUGCCUGUCCAAAGGAAAUGCUUAUUCCAUAAGAUCUGCUGUUGAAUGGAUUAAAUCAAUUCAUGUGCAAGGGCGGUAUAUUGGGGUGGCGCUAACGAAAGCAGGGGAUAAUAUUUUGGAGCGCAGUACGGAGGAGUUGGAUGAGAUUGUUGGCUAUUUGGAGAGCAAAGGAGUCAAGCGUGAAUGGAUGGGUUAUGUCAUUAGCCGUUGUCCUCAACUAUUGUCUUUCAACCUUGAAGAAGUGAAGACUCGAGCAGAAUUCUAUUUGGAUAUGGCCAUGAAUGAUAAGGACUUUGGAACUAUGAUUUUUGACUUUCCCAAGGUGCUCGGUUUCUUCUCCAUGGAGGAAAUGAAACAAAAGGUAGAUUAUCUCAUGGAGUUUGGCCUUAGUAAGGAAGAUGUUGGGAGAUUACUGGCAUUUAGACCACAACUAAUGGCUUGCAGCAUUGAGGAAAGAUGGAAACCUCUCGUAAAGUAUCUUUACUACCUUGGAAUUACCCGAGAUGGCAUGAGGAGAAUGUUAACCAUCAAACCAAUCAUUUUCUGUGUUGAUUUUGAGACCACCAUUGUACCAAAGGUACAAUUUUUGCGCGAAAUAGGGGUUCAACAGGGAGCUAUUGGUAACAUGCUUGUCAAGUUUCCCCCGCUUCUGACUUACAGUCUCCACAAGAAGAUCCGUCCUGUGGUUGUAUUCUUGUUGACAAGAGCUGGAGUUGACCAGAAGGAUAUUGGAAAGGUAAUUGGUUUGGGACCUGAACUACUGGGUUGCAGCAUUCAUCGUAAGCUUGAUGUAAGUGUUAAGUACUUUCUGUCGCUCGGGAUUUAUCCCAGAGUAUUAGGUGCAAUGAUUGCCGAUUUUCCCAUCCUACUUCGCUACAACAUAGACAUCCUUCGUCCAAAGUACCGCUACUUGCGUAGAGACAUGGUUCGCCCUUUGAAAGACCUCAUAGAGUUCCCCAGGUUCUUCAGCUACUCACUCGAAGGACGAAUAAUUCCACGACACAAGAUUAUGGUAGAAAACCGUGUAAAUUUUAAGUUACGUUACAUGCUGACAGACAGUGAUGAAGAGUUUGAGCAGAGGGUUCAGGCUGCUGUUGAAAGGCGUAAAAAAUUUGAAAUGGGGAUUAUUUUGGAGAAGACAUCUGAUGAAGCUAGUGAGUUUACAGUUGAUUGUACAGAAAAUGAAUACCCGACCUCUGAUACUGAAUCUAUUGAGGCGAGUUCAUCUGAUACUGAAACUAUUGAGGCGAGUUCAUCUGAUACUGAAUCUAAUGAGGCGAGUUCAUCGGAAAGUAUACAUUUUCACGAAACAGAUGAUGUCCUCCCAUUGUAGAAUUCAGUAUUGUUUAGUCUCAAUAUCUUUGCCUUUUAAUUUUGCAUAGAUAUAUAAUAUAUUCCUUCUCAUCACGGUGUAUAUAUGUAUGUAAUUUUGUAUCACGAGAAAGUAAUCCUUCAAUAUAUCUGAUUUUACUGU